AGAGCGGUCAAGGGACAUAAACAUCGCUCCUGACUCGCGCUUCCAGUCUACUGAGGAGCAGGAUGGCUCACCGCUACCUGCGACUGGUCGCCGGCUACACGACGGCCUCCCGCCUGCUGCGGGCCCCCGGCGCCUCGGCCCGGCUGGUGACGUGUUUGAGCGCUGCGGGACAGGUAGAGAGGGGGCGGAGCCUGCUGAGUGACCUGCUGGUCGUGUGCAGGAGGCUGAGCUCCAGACCCCCGAAAGGUUUUGAGAAAUAUUUUCCAGGAAGCCAGAAAACUCCAAAAAACAGUGAAGCAGAAGCCAAAGAGGCCAAACCUGCCAACGCCCAGAGAUCUUCUGGGAGGGAAGCAGGUGGAGGUGGAAAAGGUGGAGGAGGAGGAGGAAAACGAGAAGGCCGCAGGGAGGAGUCCCAUUGGUACAGCCGCUUCCAGAAGGGGGACGUUCCCUGGGAUGAUAAGGAGUUCCGGCUGUACCUGCUGAGCGGAGCCGCGUUCUGGACCUCCGUCACCUACUACUUCCUCUUUCGGGACGGAGGACGAGAAGUCACCUGGAAGGACUUUGUCAACAACCACCUGUCCCAAGGCAUGGUGGACCGGCUGGAGGUGGUCAACAAGCGCUACGUCAGAGUGGUCUUCUCCCCGGGGAAGACGCCGGUGGACGGGUACGUGUGGUUCAACAUCGGCAGCGUGGACACCUUCGAGAGGAACCUGGAGUCGGCUCAGGCCGAGCUCGGCCUGGAGGGGGAGGGCCGGCUGCCGGUGAUCUACUCCACCCAGAGUGACGGAACCUUCCUGCUGAGCAUGCUCCCCUCGGUGCUCAUCAUCGGCUUCCUGCUGGUCAUGCUGCGGCGCGGCGUGGCGGGCGGGGGGCGGCCCGGCCGGGGGAUGGGCGGCUUGUUCAGCGUCAGUGAGACGACGGCGAAGAUCCUGAAAGACGAGAUCGACGUCAAGUUCAAGGACGUGGCCGGCUGCGAGGAGGCGAAGCUCGAGAUCAUGGAGUUCGUCAACUUCCUGAAGAACCCCAAGCAGUACCAGGACCUGGGCGCCAAGAUCCCCAAGGGGGCCAUCUUGACGGGGCCUCCAGGAACAGGGAAGACCCUCCUGGCCAAGGCCACGGCCGGAGAGGCCAACGUGCCGUUCAUCACCGUCAACGGGUCGGAGUUCCUGGAGAUGUUCGUGGGCGUCGGCCCCGCCAGAGUCAGAGAUCUGUUCGUCAUGGCGAGGAAGAACGCGCCCUGCAUCCUCUUCAUCGACGAGAUCGACGCCGUGGGACGGAAGAGAGGACGAGGAAACUUUGGAGGCCAGAGCGAGCAAGAGAACACGCUGAACCAGCUGCUGGUGGAGAUGGACGGCUUCAACUCGGCCACCAACGUGGUGGUCCUAGCAGGAACCAACAGACCCGACAUACUGGACCCGGCUCUGAUGAGACCCGGACGCUUCGACAGACAGAUCUACAUCGGACCUCCUGAUAUCAAAGGCCGGGCGUCCAUCUUUAAAGUGCACCUGCGUCCUCUGAGGCUGGAGGCGGAGCUGGACAAAGAGGCUCUGGCCAGGAAGAUGGCCGCCCUCACACCUGGAUUCUCAGGCGCCGACAUCGCCAACGUGUGCAACGAGGCGGCGCUGAUCGCCGCUCGCCACCUGGCCGACGCCAUCGGCCAGAAGCACUUCGAGCAGGCCAUCGAGAGGGUGAUCGGAGGUCUGGAGAAGAAGACUCAGGUCCUGCAGCCGGAGGAGAAGAAGACGGUGGCGUACCACGAGGCGGGGCACGCCGUGGCCGGCUGGUUCCUGGAGCACGCCGACCCUCUGCUGAAGGUGUCCAUCAUCCCCCGAGGGAAGGGCCUGGGCUACGCUCAGUACCUCCCCCGAGAGCAGUACCUGUACACCACGGAGCAGCUGCUGGACCGCAUGUGCAUGACGCUGGGAGGCCGGGUCGCCGAGGAGAUCUUCUUUGGUCGGAUCACCACCGGAGCCCAGGACGACCUCCGGAAGGUCACGGAGAGCGCCUACGCACAGAUCGUGCAGUUCGGCAUGAACGAGAAGGUGGGCCAGGUGUCCUUCGACCCGCCCCGGCAGGGGGAGGCGGUUCUGGAGAAGCCGUACAGCGAGGCCACGGCCCGGCUCAUCGACACCGAGGUCCGACUCCUCAUCAGCGAGGCCCACCGCAGAACCCACCGGCUGCUGGGCGGCAGGAGGCCGGAGGUGGAGAAGGUGGCUCUGCGGCUGCUGGAGAAGGAGGUUCUGGAUAAGAGCGACAUGGUGGAGCUGCUGGGCCCGCGUCCCUUCGUAGAGAAGUCCACGUACGAAGACUUCGUGGAGGGAACCGGCGGCCUGGACGAGGACACCACGCUGCCCGAGGGCCUGAAGGACUGGAACCAGGAGAGGCCGGACCGGGAGGAGAGCCCGGAGGACCAGGUGGCCCGGCAGAUCUCUGGAGGGAUGCCCUUCUAGAACCUGGACGGGUUCUGAUCGUCAUGGAUCUCACAUAUCAUCCGCCGCGCCAAUCUCUGUUCUCCAGGGUCCAGCUUCAGGGACCUUGAGUGGUUCUAGAACCUUAUGGAACCACAUCUCUGUUCUCCAGGGUCCAGCUUCAGGGACCUUGAGUGGUUCUAGAACCUUAUGGAACCACAUCUCUGUUCUUCAGGGACCUUGAGUGGUUCUAGAACCUUAUGGAACCACAUCUCUGUUCUUCAGGGACCUUGAGUGGUUCUAGAACCUUAUGGAACCACAUCUCUGUUCUCCAGGGUCCAGCUUCAGGGACCUUGAGUGGUUCUAGAACCUUAUGGAACCACAUCUCUGUUCUCCAGGGUCUAGCUUCAGGGACCUUGAGUGGUUCUAGAACCUUAUGGAACCACAUCUCUGUUCUUCAGGGACCUUGAGUGGUUCUAGAACCUUAUGGAACCACAUCUCUGUUCUUCAGGGACCUUGAGUGGUUCUAGAACCUUAUGGAACCACAUCUCUGUUCUCCAGGGUCCAGCUUCAGGGACCUUGAGUGGUUCUAGAACCUUAUGGGAACCACAUCUCUGUUCUUCAGGUACCUUGAGUGGUUCUAGAACCUUAUGGAACCACAUCUCUGUUCUCCAGGGUCCAGCUUCAGGGACCUUAUGGAACCACCAACAGCUGCUGGACUCUUGAGUUGUAACAACUGUCAAAGAACUUUGACAUCAAAGGCUGGUCAUCAAUAUGUUCCAUUAGUCAACAACAAUAAUCAGAUCCGAGCUCAGAGCCGCUCCUCGGCUAGAACCGUCUAGAACCUGCUCAGUGAGGAGCUCCAUGCUAACAUCAAAGCUAACGCUAGCACGUGGGUGAUUGGUCAUCAAUGAUGAGUUAUUAACAGGAAGUCGUAUCAAUGUGUUGAAAUGAGUCAAAUGCGGUAAUCCUUUGAAUAAAGGCAGUGUGCCUUUUCUACCUGA